AGUAGAGGCUUACAAUUAAUUAAGUAUGAGACAAUCCAGAAAAAUAUUUAAGUUUUGAGGUAAAAAAUGGCCUGAUGAUGUGCUACAAGAAGAUUGUGAGAGAAAAAAGAAAACUGCAUCUUUGGAGGUCAUCACCCCUAAAAAAUAUCUUCUCCACCUGCAAAACCUACCAUGUGGUAUAACAACAGUGCUGGCCCCUUCUUGCUGACUGGCUUCUUGGGCUCAGAGGCAGUUCACUACCGGACCUCUGUGUCCUUCUUUGUCAUCUACUUCUCCAUCCUUUUUGGAAAUGGCACUCUUCUUGUCCUCAUUUGGAAUGAUCACAGCCUCCAUGAGCCCAUGUACUACUUCCUGGCUAUGCUGGCAGACACGGACCUUGGGAUGACAUUCACUACAAUGCCCACAGUCCUGGGUGUCCUGCUGCUAGACCAGAGGGAGAUUGCCCAUGCUGCCUGUUUCACCCAAUCCUUCAUUCAUUCACUGGCCAUUGUAGAAUCAGGUAUCUUGCUUGUUUUGGCCUAUGACUGUUUCAUUGCCAUCCGCACACCACUGAGGUACAACUCCAUUCUUACCAAUUCCCGAGUGAUGAACAUAGGACUGGGGGUACUGAUGAGAGGUUUUAUGUCUAUUUUGCCCAUAAUUCUUGCACUCUACUGCUACCCAUAUUGUGGUUCCCGUGUCCUCUUGCACACAUUUUGCCUCCAUCAAGAUGUCAUAAAACUCGCCUGUGCUGAUAUCACGUUUAAUCACAUAUAUCCAAUUAUUCAGACUUCUUUGACUAUCUUUUUAGAUGCUCUAAUCCUCAUCUUUUCUUAUAUACUAAUCCUCAAGACAGUGAUGGGCAUUGCGUCUGGACAACAGGAAGCUAAAUCUCUCAACACUUGUGUCUCCCAUAUUAGCUGUGUCCUAGUAUUUCACAUCACUGUGAUGGGACUGUCAUUCAUUCACAGGUUUGGGAAACAUGCACCUCAUGUGGUCCCCAUUACCAUGAGCUAUGUCCAUUUUCUCUUUCCUCCAUUCGUGAAUCCUAUCAUUUAUAGCAUCAAGACCAAGCAGAUUCAAAGAAGCAUUGUUCGCCUAUUUUCUGGGCAGAGUAGGGCUUGAGCCCUUAUUUCAGAAUCUCAAGAUCUCUAGGAUUUCUGGGCCUCUCCCAUUACUGAAAAGGAACCCUGGUUUUAUAUCCACAGUUUUUUUUCCCUCAGAGUUAGAUUUAACUUUAAUUAUCACAUGAAAAAGCUGAUGUGAGCAAGAAAUUUUUAUACGUGUGUGUGUGUGUGUGUGUGUGUGUAUCACCUAAUAAAGAGGGAAUGCCAGUGAUGCUGAAGAAAAAGAAUACAGGAAGCAGAGGAGAUAUAACAAUCCAAAAGAAGAGUAACUACGAUUUCAGAAAUAGUCAAGAUAAGUGGACUAAAGCAACUUGGGUCAAAUACAGUUCAUCUAAAGAAAAAUGUGCAGUUGGAGGUACAUUUUAUGUGUCUUCUAAAGGUGAAUUUGAAUAAUACAUGAUCAUGUUUUUCAUCUCCAUACUUUGAAUCUAGUUACUCUGAAAAGGAUCUUGCUUGAUUAGUAAGCAAACUUGUGUGAGGCUAAACAGCAAAUAUCUAGAACUUUAGGAAGCUUACUCACGAAAUGUAAUUUCCCUUAGU